AUGGCCCUGCUGCCGCCGCGUCGUUCCCUGCUGCUUCUGUUGGCGCUCGCGGUGCACGCCGCCGCGGCCGUGCAGCUGCACUUCUACGCGCGGUCGUGCCCCCGCGCCGAGGCCAUCGUCCGGCGCGCCGUCCGCCGCCGCGCCGCGCACGACCGCUCCGUGCUCCCCGCGCUCAUCCGCCUGCAUUUCCACGACUGCUUCGUCAGGGGAUGCGAUGGCUCCGUGCUCAUCGACAGCACGCCCGGCCACCCCGCCGAGAAGGAUGCCCCGCCGAACCUGACGCUGCGGAUGCUGGACGUGAUCGACGACGCCAAGGCGGCGGUCGAGAGGACCUGCCCGGGCGUCGUGUCGUGCGCCGACAUCGUGGCGCUGGCCGCCAGGGACGCCGCGGCGAUGGCGGGGAAGGUGCGGUACGAGGUGCCCACGGGGAGGAGGGACGGCACCGUGUCCAGCGCCGCCGAGGUGAGCCUGCCUGGCCCCUCCGCGUCGUUCGCCGACGCCAUGUCGGCCUUCCGCUCCGCCGGCCUCGGCGUGGUGGACCUCACCGCCCUGCUCGGCUCUCACACCAUGGGGUUCUGCCACUGCGGGCUCAUCAUGGGCAGGCUCUACGGCUACAACCGCACCUGCGAGUCCGACCCGGCCAUGGACCCCGGCCUGCUGGCCGCGCUCCGGCGCCGGUGCCCGCCGCCGCAGAACGAGUCGCGCGACGCGGUCGUGCCCAUGAACUUCGUCGCGCCGCUCGGCCCGUUCGGCCUCGACAACGCCCUGUACCCGAGCGUGCUCGCGGGGAGAGCCGUGCUGCAGAUCGACCAGGAGCUCGCGUCCUCCGGCGUCGCCCGCAGGAUCGCGGCAAUGUUCGCCACGCUGCCGGGGAGCUUCCGGAGGCAGUUCGCGAAGUCGAUGGUGAGGCUGGGGAACGUCAACGUUCUCACGGGGAGGCAAGGGGAAGUCAGGCUCAACUGCCGAAGGUUUAACAGCUGAUCGAGUCAUCGAGGUGACCUCGGAUGGCCUUUCUUGUAGAGCCACGAAUCCAAUGGUCCGAUCUCAGAACUUCAGUGUCAGUGCAAAGAGUAGAGAGUAAACUGUUUCUCGUUGUUUUCCAUUCGUAUAGCCAUACAUAUACAGCAGUCAGCCAGAGCAGCAGAGUGUUGAUCUGCCUGUGUUCAACAAUAACUGCAUGUGUUAACAAUAACUGCAGAGUGUUUGGGUGAAGACUAACCCGUCUGAUUGAUUGUAUUUGUCUGUAUAGUCUCAUCUUGCACCA